UAAAAAUUUUUAAUGUAUAAUCAGACGCACUUUUGUUGUUACGCGCUCAAAGGAAAGAUCGGGAAAAAGUUGUUUGUCGUAUAUUGGGUUCAGUCUCGGGUAUUUUGUUCCUAAAAAUUGCCAAAAUGAGUUUGGUUAAGCGUAAAAAAAUGGAGAGUAAGAAGAAGGGUAAGGGCAGUUCAAUAUUGAACAGCACCUGUUAUGAGAAAGUAUUCAAAGAAUCCAUUGAAAAUCCCGAAUCAUUUUGGGCAACCGUUGGUACCCUAGUCAGCUGGUCUAAACCAUGGAAAAAAGUAUUGGAUAACACCAGAGAACCGUUUACAAAAUGGUAUGUUGGAGGUGAAAUAAAUGCUUGCUACAACGCAAUUGACCGACACAUUGAAGCUGGAUUGGGCUCCAAAGUUGCAUUGAUCUACGAUAGUCCUGUCACAGGAGUUUCCAGAAAAAUAACUUACUCUGAACUGCUCGAAAAGGUGUCUAAGCUAGCAGGCUUACUAGCAAGAUAUGGCGUGGAACGUGGAGACAGAGUUCUGAUUUAUAUGCCCUUAAUUCCAGAAACUGUGGUAGCUAUGUUAGCCGUAGCUAGACUUGGUGCUGUCCAUUCUGUCGUUUUUGGAGGGUUUGCUGCAAAUGAAUUAAGUACAAGAAUCGACCAUGCGGAGCCCAAAGUGAUUAUAGCUGCCAGUUGUGGAGUUGAGCCCAAUAAAGUUCUGAAUUACAUAACCGAACUAAAUCACGCCAUUAACAUAUCGGUCCAUAAACCGAGCAAAUGUGUGGUGUUCCAACGUAAAGGCAUUUUGAUCGCCGAACUGGAUCCCGAAAGAGAUAUGGACUGGGAGGAAGCGGUAAAAAACGUCGAGAGUGUUCCAUGUGUCCCCGUGGAAGCAAACGAUCCACUUUAUAUCCUGUAUACCUCUGGAACUACUGGUGAACCAAAAGGUGUUCAACGUCCUGUGGGUGGUCAUCUUGUAGCUCUAGCCUUCACGAUGAAAGCUCUAUACAAUAUGGGGCCUAAUGACGUAUGGUGGGCUACCAGUGAUUUCGGAUGGGUGGUGGGACACUCCUAUAUGUGCUAUGGGCCACUAGUGCAUGGUAUUACUAGUGUUAUCUAUGAGGGAAAACCUAGCACUACUCCUGAUGCUAGUUCUUAUUACAGAAUAAUCAACGACUACAAAGUGAAUGCCAUGUUCACAGUUCCAACAGCGCUCAGACUCCUCAGAGAAGUAGACCCAGAAGCAAAAUUCGGAGCAGAAUUCGACAUUUCAAGUCUAAAACACGUGUGGGUAGCAGGAGAGCACAUGGACUCGUCCACAAAACUAUGGGCAGAAAAAAUCUUUAAUGUCCCAAUAACGAACCACUGGUGGCAAACGGAAACUGGAACGGCAAUCUCUGGAACAUGUGCCGGACUAACAAAUCCUUGUCAAGAUAGCACCUUAACGACUGGAUUGCCAUUUCCAGGAUAUAAUGUUCAAGUCAUUUCAAAAGAUGGACGGCUAACAGAUAAAAACGAGCUUGGAAGAAUAGUUAUUAAGCUUCCAUUGCCACCUGGGGCUUUAACCACGCUUCUUAAAGCAGACGACAGGUUUUAUAAAACAUAUUUUACAAAAUAUUCAGGUUUCUAUGACACAAUGGACGCAGGUUAUUUAGACGAGAAUGGUCUACUAUAUGUCACAGCCAGAGCUGAUGACAUCAUCAACGUAGCUGGACACAGACUAUCCACCAUAGCUAUUGAAAAUAUAAUAUUGUCACAUCCAGACAUUUGUAACGCUUGUGUCGUUUCUGUGCCAGAUAAAAUAAAAAACGAGGUGCCACUGGGUCUUUUUGUAAUGAAAGAAGAUGCUAACUUAAAUGAAUACUUGAUAGCCCAAGAGCUGGUGAUUAUGGUAAGAGAGUAUUUGGGUCCUGUAGCAUCUUUUAGGCUCGCCAUAGGGGUUAAGGCCCUACCGACUACCAGAUCUGGAAAAAUUUGCAGAAAAUCCAUUGCGGAUUUGGCCAGAAAUAAGUUGAAAAAGAUAUCCAGUACAGUUGUGGACCCCACUGUAUACAAAGAAAUCGAGGAAUCUUUAAGGAAAUUGGGUUACUGUUCCUAAAUUGGAAGAACAUUUGUGGUUUCUCUUAUAUACUAUAAGAUGCAUGAAAGGUUUUGUAAUGUAAUUACUGUUUAAAAGGAUUCAUUAAAAUAAAUAUUAUUGUGAUCAA